GCAGCACUCCGCACUUUUACCUGAAGCCCACUUCACCUGGACACUAACUAUGGGGUGGACAACUCUGUGGUUGUGCGUUCUCGCUCUGCCACUAACGAGCGCCAUCCAGGUGAAAGCCAAGAAAGCGCGCCAGUCCAACCAUGUGAACAGCAUCUGCAGCACCUGGGGCAGAGAGCACUUCAAGACCUUCGAUGGAGACGUGUACCAGUUCCCAGGGACGUGUGAAUACAACCUGGCCUCCGACUGCCACUCUGAGUCCUACCAGGAGUUCUCUGUGCACCUGAAGAGGAACGAGGCUACUGAGGCUGAGGGGAACCCUACGGUCAAGCACGUAGUGGUCACUAUCAACGACCUGGUCUUCCACCUGACCAAGACUCAGGUCGCGGUCAAUGGAGAAAUUGUAACUCUGCCGUACUACAAUGGAGGAGUCCAACUGGAGAGGAAUGCAGUUUACACCAAACUCUACUCCAAGGUUGGCCUGGUUGUCAUGUGGAACGGAGAAGAUGCCGUCAUGGUGGAGCUGGACACGGAGUACACCAACCGUACCUGUGGUCUCUGUGGAGACUUCAAUGGCCUUCCAGUCCACAAUGAGUUUGUUCAUAACGGUCGUAAAGUGAGCCCCAUUGAGUUUGGAAACAGACAGAAGGUCCACAGGCCCAACGAGGACUGUGAAGACCCCUAUGAAGAGGAAGAGGAAGAUGAACCUGCAGACGUUCAGCCUAAAGAGGACACAUGCAAGGAGUUUCAUGCCCAGUGUGACCAGCUCCUGCGCUCGCCGUUGUGGAGCUCCUGUGGUGCGGUCGUGAACCCUGAGCCCUACAUCCAGGCCUGUGUUCAGGACCUGUGUGGCUGCAGCAACACUUCUGAUAGCUUCUGUGUCUGCAGCACCCUGGCAGAGUACUCCAGACAGUGCUCCCACGCCGGGGGACAGCCACCCCACUGGAGAACAACAGCCUUCUGUGACAAGCAGUGUCCGUUCAACAUGGUCUAUCUGGAGAGUGGCUCUCCCUGCAUGGAUACCUGUACCCACUCAGACACCAGCUCACUGUGUGAAGAACACCUGAUGGACGGCUGCUUCUGCCCUCACGGGACUGUGUUUGAUGACAUCUCAAAGAGGGGGUGUGUCACUCAGGACCAGUGUCAGUGCAAACACGACAAAGUUUACAACUCUGGAGAAGUAUUCAGACAGGACCGUGAGGAAUGUGUCUGUCAUCAUGGUCAGUGGUCCUGUAAAAGUCUACCCAGCCCUGCUACAUGUGCCGUUGAGGAGGGUUCACACGUGACAACCUUCGAUGGGAAAGCGUUCACCUUCCAUGGGGACUGUUACUACCCGUUAGCCAAGGUGGAAAGCAAGGAUGAAGCCAGUCCAAAGUUCACUGUCCUGGUCCAGCUGGUUCCCUGUAUAAGACAGAAGUUUGACACUUGCCUCAAGAGUGUUGUGGUCUUGCUAAACAAUGAUAGAAACAACGCUUUGGUGAUUACCGCCGAUGGGAAAGUCAGCCACAAUGCACAGAUCACUCUUCCUUACAACACAGCUGACAUCAGUGUGUUCAAGCCAUCGUCCUUCCACGUGAUGCUCCAGACCAGCUUUGGUCUGCAGGUUCAGAUCCAGCUGGUCCCCAUCAUGCAGGUCUAUGUCACCCUGGACGAGAGCUACAAGACCAAGACACAAGGUCUGUGUGGGAACUUCAACAAGGUUCUGUCUGAUGACAUGAAGACCCCCCAGGGUAUGGUGGAGGGAACAGCCUCUUCAUUUGGGAACUCCUGGAAGGCUAAUCCUACCUGCAGAGACAGAGAGGAGAGGCUGGACGACCCCUGCUCCCUCAGCGUGGAGAAUGAGAACUAUGCUAAACAUUGGUGCUCCAUGCUAAGAAGUUCUGACAGCACUUUUGCCAAGUGCCAUGCCAUGGUGGACCCCGAGCUUUACUACAAGCGAUGCACGUACGCUAGCUGCAACUGUGAGAAGAGUGAAGACUGCCUGUGUGCCGUCUUCUCCUCCUAUGUGCGAGACUGUGCUACCAAGGGAGUGGUCCUGUCGGGCUGGAGAGAGAACGUGUGUGACAAAUACAUUGGUAACUGCCCAGCGUCUCAGACCUACUCUGACCAGCUCCAGAGAUGUCAACUGACCUGUAGCUCCCUGGCCAGCAAAAGCCAGGGUUGUACCAAUGACUUCCUCCCCGUGGAUGGUUGUUCUUGCCCGGACGGACUCUACAUGGAUGACAGGGGCACCUGUGUACCCAUGGACAAAUGCCCCUGCUUCCACAACGGGGUCCACAUCAAGCCUGGGAAGUCCAUCAACAUUCAGGAGGAACACUGUGUCUGCAACAAUGGGAAGCUUCACUGCCGUUCGUGGAAGAUGCGUUCAGAGAGUACCUGCCAGUCGCCAAAGGUGUUCUUGAACUGCUCCAAUGACCUGGGAGUACAGUGUACACGGAGCUGUAGGAACCCGGAUUUCAUGGACUGUUUCGCCGCAGAGUGUGAGUCUGGGUGCAAGUGUCCCACGAGUCUGUGGGAGGAUGGGAAAGGCAUGUGUGUGAAUAAACAUGAAUGCCCAUGCAGCCAUGACGGAUUCCUCUACGCCCCAGGAAAACAGAUCCCAAACGGAUGUAACACUUGCACCUGUAAGAGUGGGAAAUGGAAGUGCACAGAUAAGAAGUGCCCAGGAACCUGUACCAUCUACGGCAGUGGCCAUUACAAAACCUUUGAUGAGCGCACGUAUGGCUUCCAAGGAAAAUGUGGCUAUGUGGCUGUCCAGAACAAAUGUGGGAACCGGCCUGUCCAGGACAAAUUCAUGGUGAUCACAGAGAACAUACCGUGUGGAACCACAGGCACCACUUGCUCCAAGUCUGUCAGGGUUCAACUGGGGAGAACAGAGCUGAAACUAUCAAAGGGGACCCAUGAAGUGGUGGACCUAGGAGUGGGCUCUCAGAUCCAGUACCGAGUGAGGACCGUCGGUCUGUACCUGAUUGUUGAGUCAGACAUCGGGAUCGCAGUGCUGUGGGACCGCAAAACUACCGUCCGCAUCGUCCUGGAGCCACAGCAUAGUGGAGCAGUGUGCGGCCUGUGUGGGAACUAUAAUGGAGAAGGCAGAGAUGACUUCACCACACAAGGUCAGAUGAUAGUCAGCAGCCCUGUGGAGUUUGCUAACAGCUGGAAAGUGUCAAGCACUUGUCCCGACGCAGAAAGCAACGUGGACCCAUGUGGAGCCAGACCCAACCGUCACAACUGGGCUAAGAUGCAGUGCAGCAUCAUCACAGGAAAGACUUUCCAACUGUGUCACAAGAAGGUAGACCCUAGUCUGUACUUUGAGAACUGUGUGAAAGACUCCUGUGCCUGUGAUACUGGCGGAGACUGUGAGUGUUUCUGUACAGCUGUAGCAGCCUACGCCCAGGCCUGCACCGAAGCUGGAGUCUGUGUUGCAUGGCGAACACCAGAAAUUUGUCCUGUGUUCUGUGACUACUACAACGAUCCAGGUGAAUGUGAAUGGCAUUACAGCCCUUGCCACACACCUUGCUUCAAGACCUGUCUGAAUCUAAAUGGGACCUGUGACAACCCUCUUCCCAAUCUGGAAGGUUGUUACCCACAAUGCCCUCCAGAUAGGCCAAUAUUUGAUGAAGAGACCGGGGAGUGUGUUGAGGAAUGCCCAACAACAGGCCCAUCAACAACAACCCCCCAGGCAACCACACCAACACCAACAACAACACCGUGGACACCAACAACUACCACAUUGACAACAGAACCUCCAACAACAACACCAAUGCCACCAACAACAACACAAACACCACCAACAACCACACCACCACCAACAACAACAACACCAAUGCCACCAACAACAACAACCACACCAAAGCCAACAACAACCACACCAAUACCACCAACAACAACAACACCAAUACCAACAACAACAUCUCCAAUACCACCAACAACAACAACACAAAUACCAACAACAACCACACAUACACCAACAACAACAACACCAUUACCACCAACAACAACCACAACAAUACCAACAACAACAACAAUACCACCAACAACAACACCACCAACAACAACAACCACACCAAUACCAACAACAACAACAACACCAAUACCAACAACAACAACAACAACAACAACACCAACAACAACCACACCAAUACCAACAACAACAACAACACCAAUACCAACAACAACAACAACCACAACAAUACCAACAACAACAACACCAACAACAACAACAACAACCACAUCAAUACCACAAACACCAACAACCACACCAAUUCCACCAACAACAACCACACCAAUACCACCAACAACUACCCCCCAGACACCAGAGCCAACAACUACUCCUUGUAUUCCUACCUGUGAGUGGUCAGAAUGGUAUGAUGAAGAUGAUGAUAAAGAUAAGAGUGACUGGGAAACGUAUUGGAAUAUCACGCAGAGUGGAAAAGAAGUGUGUAAAGAUCCACAAGAUAUUGAAUGUGUAGCUACAGACUAUCCAAAUACAAGCUUAGAGGACUAUGUAGCUUCGACAGGCCAAGUUGUGGAGUGCGAUGUUGACUUCGGGUUAAUAUGUGAAGAAAAUAAACAAACUCAGAGACCAUUUAAGUGCUUUAACUAUAAGAUUAGAGUCCUCUGUUGCGUUGAAUGUUUAUCAACAACAUCACCAAAACCAACAACAACACUAACAUCAACAACAAUAACAAGAGCACCGUCACCACCAACAACUACCACACCAACGCCACCAACAACAACCACACCAAUAACAACACCACCAACAACCACACCACCACCAACAACAACAACAACACCACCAACUACCACACCAUUACCACCAACAACAACCACACCUAAACCACCAACUACAACGGAAGCCAUAACUCUAACCACAACCCCAACGACAACAGAAGAAUUAACCACAACCCCCAGGACAACUGAAAAACCAACCACAACCCCAACGACAACAGAAGAACCAACCACAACCCCAACGACAACAGAAGAAUCAACCACAACCCCCAGGACAACUGAAAAACCAACCACAACCACCCCUGUCAUAGACACCACAACCACUAAAGCUCCUACAACAACACCUAAACCACCAACUACAACAGAAGCCACAACUCCAAUGACAACCACAUCACCAACAACCCAUGAAUCGGUUGUCACUGGUCCUCCAAUAACACCAGAACAUCAAGUCAGUUCAAUACCAACCACAACUGGGUCACCAACCCCUCCACCAAUCACUUGUCCUGAGUGGGACAAAGUGCAAAAUGAAACUUUCUGGCUCUGCAACUGCACUUUGGCCAGAUGCAUUGAAAACAACACCAUUGAGAUAAUUCCGUAUGAAUGCCCAGAGCCUGAGCCAAUCACAUGUACCAAUGGCAAGAAACCAGUGCUACAAUGGGAUGAGUUCUACUGCUGCCAACGAUUCGUGUGUGACUGCGUCUGUGAGGGUUGGGGAGACCCCCAUUACAUCACCUUCGACGGGCUCUUCUACAGCUUCCAAGGGAACUGUACCUAUGUGCUGAUGGAGGAGAUGUUGCCGCGUCACCACUUCAAGAUCUACAUCGACAAUGUCAACUGUGAUCCCACCGAGGACGUGUCUUGUCCUCGAUCCAUCAUCGUGUCCUACCGCUCAACAGUUAUAACACUGAAGAAUCACAACCUCAUUGGAGCUGCUCAGUUGGAGGCUCUUAUUGAUGGAGUUUCCCUGAGACUACCCUUCACGCGGCACGGUGUGAAGGUGAUGAACUCUGGUAUCAACAUGGUCUUGGAGAUAGCACACCUCCAGGUGGUAGUUACCUUUGGAGUCACUGGCUUCAGCGUCAACCUUCCUUGGCAACACUUUGGCAACAAUACACAGGGUCAUUGUGGAACAUGUAGCAACAACAAGGCUGAUGACUGCAUGUUGCCUGGAGGACAGCUGGUGGAGAACUGUGCUGUGAUGGCAGACUACUGGCCAGCCAAGGACCUCUACCAACCUGAAUGCCAUGUGCCACCUGGAAUCCCCACCAACUCUCCUCUCCCUGAACCCACACAGAAGCCAUGCAAGCCAGACUCCUCUGUCUGUGAUCUCCUGAAAGACAGCAUUUUUGCAGCCUGUCAUCCAUUUGUCUCACCUGACAACUUCUACAAGGGCUGUGUCUAUGACAGCUGCCACGUGUCCAACCCAGCGGUGGAGUGCACCAGUCUGCAGACAUACGCUGCUGCCUGUGCCCAGUUUGGAGUAUGCAUCUACUGGAGAAACCACACCGAGCUCUGUGCCAGCGACUGUCCGGCUGACAAAGUCUACAAGCCCUGCGGUCCUGCAGAACAGCCAACCUGUGAUGACAAUCCAGACGAGUCUAGGAUGAACUUCACCACAGAAGGCUGCUUCUGUCCUGAUGGGAUGAAACUCUUCAACAAGGACUCGGGGAUCUGUGUUGAUAAGUGUGGAUGCAUUGACCCUGAAGGAGUUCCACGAGAGUUCAACGAGAGGUUUGAGUAUAAGUGCCAGGACUGCAUUUGUUUGGAGUCCACCAAGACUGUGAACUGUAAACCCAAGGUCUGCUCCAAACCACCAAUAGAGAUAUGCACUGGACCAGGCUUUGUAUAUGUCAACCAAACCGAUCCAUCCGAUCCAUGCUGCUCCAACCUCGCCUGCCGUUGUGACAGCAGCACUUGCCCACCUACCAACAUGAACUGUCCUAUUGGGUUCGUGCCAGUGGUUUCAGUCCCUGAGGGAAAAUGCUGUCCAGAGCACACAUGUGAGCCUAAAAGAGUUUGUCUUCACAAAGGCGUUGAAUACCUGCCCAAUUCUAAAGUACCGGGAUCAGAGUGCCAGGAGUGCACCUGCACCAACAAAGUGGACCCCAAGUCUGGUCAUUACCAAAUUGACUGUGGAUUCAUGCAAUGUGACGAAGAUUGUGAAAAGGGAUAUGAGUACCAGGAGCCAGACUACUCCUCAGAUGACUGCUGUGGUAAAUGUGUUCAGACCCACUGUGUCCUCCAGAUCAAUGGGACCAUGCAGUUGUUGAAGCAUGGAGAUACAUGGUCUGCUCCUGGUGACAAGUGCCAGCAGUACAGCUGUGUGAAGAACGGUGAUAGUUAUCUGACCCAGAGCUCCAACAUCCAUUGCCCACCCUUCCAGCAGGCCAACUGCCAGCCUGGUUCAAUUCAGACCGCUGCAAACGGCUGCUGUAGAAUUUGUGUGGAGAAGGACAAGGCCUGUAAGGUAGGAUCCAUGAAGAGUUUCAUCAACCACAAGAGCUGCCAGUCUGUUGAGGAGGUGGAGAUGCCGUACUGUGAGGGAUCCUGCAACACCUUCACCAAGUACUCUGCGAUGGCUGCGUCUCUGGACCACUCCUGUGCCUGUUGCCAGGAGUCCCGGUCCAGUAACCGCACGGUGGACCUACGGUGUCUGAAUGGAGAUGUGGUGCCCUACACCUACCUACACGUGGAGGAGUGUAGCUGCAGACACAGCGACUGCAACAGAGCCAUUAGGGUGCCUGCCCGCAGGACACGCAGCAGCACGCUGGUGUAAAUGGGAUCUGUACUAAUACAGAUGGGAAUGGUCCAGCACCAAUCCACUCGCUGCUUACUAAGGAACACCCUGCUACCCUGCUUCACAUGGCUGUUAUUUAUCUAAUCGCUUUGAUUUAUAUGUAAAAUGUAGAUUAAAUCAUAUUUAAAAUGUAGACAUUUAUGCUUACUUAUCUUAUUAAAAUGCAACCUUCCAAUA